UUAAAGAGGACAAUAAUACAAGAGUUUUGUUUGAACGUGUUUUAACUUCAGGGAGCCUUCCACCUGAGAAAUCUGGGGAAAUCUGGGCUCGGUUUUUAGCUUUCGAAAGUAACAUUGGUGAUCUAGCUAGUAUACUGAAAGUUGAAAAACGGAGGUUUACGGCAUUCAAGGAAGAAUAUGAGGGUAAAGAAACAGCUCUGCUGGUAGACAGGUAUAAGUUCAUGGAUUUGUACCCUUGCUCUGCUAGCGAACUGAAGGCCCUUGGUUACAAGGAUGUCUCCCGUGCCAAGCUGGCAGCUAUAAUUCCAGACCCUGUGGUUGCACCUUCCAUCGUGCCUGUUCUCAAAGAUGAAGUAGACAGAAAACCCGAAUAUCCAAAACCGGACACUCAACAAAUGAUUCCAUUUCAGCCAAGACACUUAGCACCUCCAGGUUUACAUCCCGUCCCAGGUGGUGUCUUUCCUGUUCCACCAGCAGCUGUAGUUCUCAUGAAGCUCCUGCCACCUCCUGUUUGUUUUCAGGGUCCCUUUGUUCAAGUGGAUGAGCUCAUGGAGAUAUUUAGAAGAUGCAAACUGCCAGACACUGUUGAUGAAGCUGUGCGAAUAAUUACCGGAGGCCUACCUGAAAUAGCUGUGGAAGGCAAUGGACCUGUGGAAAAUAACGCUAUGCUCAAUAAGGCUGUUAAGAGACCACAUGAAGAUUCUGAUGACGAUGAGGAGAAAGGAUCUGUAGUUCCCCCUGUACACGACAUUUACAGAGCACGACAGCAAAAGAGAAUCCGGUGAAACAAGUUUGGAGUUCUACUGUGACAGACAAAGACUUGCAUUGAGUCCGUCAGUCUCUUAAAAGUCAAGCAUUUAAAAGGGACAGCUGCAAACAAAAAAAAUCUUGAAAAUGGUUUUGUUACUGUGGUGCCUCUUCUCCCAUAUGGUUCUUGAUCUGAAAACAACCAGAACAACCUUAGAAUGUGCUCUGAACAAAACUGGGUUUUCAAAACCAAAAGUGCAAAAUGUCAGAACUGCAUUUUGUUCUUCAAGGGUGUUCACAUCUACCACUUGAAAUCUUGUGGGUUUUUCAACAGUUUUAUUUUAAAAACUGGAUGGCUUAUACUUGUGAAGCAUUUUUAAUUCACAUUUUCUGGAAAACAGUUGUUCUCAGUUUGUUCAUGUAGUGUCCUGCCUUAUUGUUCGUUUUUAUUUAUGGCAGAAUGUAUGGAAUCUGUUUUGUAGUUGAAAAUGGAAAAAAACAUUCCUUUAAAAUAAAAGGAUAUCCAUAACA